CUCCUCGUGUUCUUCUAGUGUGGGCUAUUAGAACAUAUCAUUCUAUCCUAAGGAGGAAUGAGUGACAGACCUGAGUCAAGGGUUCGAGGAAAGUGUGGACGUUUUUGUACAUGCAAUCCAAUCAUGGUGGCCUGUAAAGGAGUGUGGACCCAACCCUUUUGGAAGGCAGUCACUGGUGAAUUUCUGGCUAUGCUCAUAUUUGUUCUUCUAAGCCUUGGUUCAACCAUUAAUUGGAGUAAAAAAGAAAACCCUCAACCUGCAGAUCUGGUCCUUAUUUCACUUUGCUUUGGAUUAAGCAUUGCAACCCUAGUGCAAUGUUUUGGACACAUAAGCGGAGGCCACAUUAACCCCGCAGUUACAAUUGCAAUGGUUUGUAUGAGGAAGAUCAGCCUUGCAAAGUCAGCCUUUUAUAUCGUUGCACAGUGUCUGGGUGCAAUUGCAGGAGCAGGAAUCCUCUAUGUAGUCACUCCAUCUGCUGUUGCUGGAGGAUUAGGAGUUACUGAGGUGAAUGAAAAACUUUCUCCUGGUCACGGGCUCCUGGUUGAAUUGAUAAUUACUUUCCAGUUGCUUUUUACCAUUUGUGCAAGUUGUGAUUCAAAGCGCGAUGAUAUCACUGGAUCAGUAGCACUAGCAAUUGGAUUUUCUGUGGCAAUAGGUCAUCUGUUUGCUAUCAACUACACAGGAGCCAGCAUGAAUCCAGCUAGAUCAUUUGGUCCAGCUGUCAUUAUGAACAAAUGGGAACACCAUUGGGUCUAUUGGGUUGGGCCAGUUGUUGGUGCUGUUUUUGCAGGAUGCCUUUAUGAAUAUGUUUUCUGUCCUGAUGUUGAAAUAAAGAAUCGUCUAAAAGAAGUCUUAAAUAAAGCAUCAAAACAAAGCAAAGGAAAAUACAGUGAAGUAGAAGAAAGCAAAAGUCAGAUUGAAUCGGAUGAUCUGUUGCUGAAAUCAGGCAUUGUUCAUAUCUUUGAUGAGAAAAAAGGAAAAGAUCCAUCUGGUGAAGUAUUGUCUUCUGUAUGACUAGCACCGGCUUCUGCUACAAAAGAAACACCACCCAUAUCACCACCAUCGCCAUUUCUUCCAAUCAAAGAAACUGAUAUAUUAUGAUAGCAGCUAUUUUGUAAAAAGUCACAAAAAUCUAAUUAUGUAUAUUACCAAAUAUCGUUUCAAAGUACACAACAAUGUAAAUACACUAUAAAAAUAUUUACACACAAGAUCUUCAAUGAAAAUCCAUUUGGCGGAUCUAAGGUAAAUAAGAAUGAUCCUUAAUUUAACAAGAAGUCAAUACUGAGCCUAAGAUCUGCCCGUUUAGCAUCUAGAUUGACAGUGCACAUUAGUUUAAAACACCCACUGGCAAAUUCAAACAAAUGGUUUUUCCUCUGGCGCAUAAUUGGCUGUUGUGUUGUCAGCCCUGAUUAAGACAUGCCCCCAUUAAAUAUAUCCAGAAGCAUUGUAGCAGCAGAUGAGCAAAUUCAAAAUUAAGCUUUAAAAAUAUGAUAUGUUUUAAUAAAAAAUAAAUGUUUUUUCCUCUGUAAAAUAAAAUUUGUGUUUUUUUAAAGAUUUUUUUUUUAAAAGAUUGCUUGCUGGUAUAAACUUUAAAAAAAAGUAGUUUAGAGGUAAAGAAACAGGCUGAAAAACAGCCAAUGGCUUCAGGAAGAAUAGAAAAUCUUUAAGCACCUUUCUGUCUUUUUCUGACCAUGUAUCUUUCCCUCUGUUUGAACUGUUGAAUGGCUCUAGUAAUUUAUCAAGACGUUGCAAAAGAGUCCAGAUCACACUAAAAAUAGAAGCCCGUUCUAGUUAUCUAAAAACAACAGCUAGAAAC